CCUUGAUGCUCGCGGACGCCAGACAGACAUACAUAUAAAGAGAAUAGCUCUUGGCUCUUUAGAUGCCGGGCCUUCCAAUAAAAGAGCAAUCUACAAAAAUCCCCGACCUAUUAUCCCCCUCGACCUCCGGUAUAACGCAGAAAUCCAGCUCUGACACAGAUUCCCGCGAUCCCAGCAUCACCCCCGUCUUCACUCCCGCCUCCCCUUCCCCUUCAGGCUCUCCCCGACAGGCAGAUAACAUCCAAGACGAGAUAUUAUUGUCCACAAUGGCCGAUCAGGUAGCUACUUCGUCCGGUAAAGCCGAUGCUACGGAGACGAAACAAGAAGUGGAAAGUUCCCCAGUGGCAACCUCCACAACGACAGAGCUAAAGUCGUCUCCGCCAGCUCCAGACUCUGCUCCGAAGAAAACGUCCUGCAAAAAGCAUACCAACGUAAAGUCCAAGGCUCAGAAGAAGCAAAAGGACAAGAAGAAAUCGAAGAAGGGGAUGGAUUCGUCGAGCAGUGAGAGUGACAGUUCAUCUUCAUCAAGCUCUAGUUCCUCGUCUUCGGACUCUUCAGACUCAGACUCGGAAUCGCCUAACUUGGAUUCUCACAAAAAGAAGAAGAAACGCGCCAAGGAGAAGGAGAGGAAGAAAGCUAAGGCCCGCAAGCAAGUGGCCUCUUCGAGUGAGGACGAGUCGGAAAGCGAAGAGGAGGAAUCGGAAAUAGAGGACAAGCCUACCAAGAAGCAGAAAAGGGCCAGAGCCAAAAAGAAGGCCAGGAAAGCCCGAAAAUCUCAGGAUGAUGAAACCGAUGAUGAAAGUGAUGUUGAGGCUUUGGAAGAGCAGCUCCGAGCUACGCAGCAAAAGCUAGCGGCCCUCCGUUUGAAGCAGACUUCACAACGUAAUCAACUCCAGAAUAAGUCCAAAAAGCGAAAGCGUGCGUCGAAGGUUGCUUUCAAGCGUGUGGACGAACUUUGGGAUGACACCAUACAUAAUUACAAGCUAACGGAAACUGUGGACGAUCCUGACGCAAACGAGUGGGACCAGUAUAUUUUUACUGUCCGUCGCAAAUUUGACUGGGAGAAUAAAUACACGGAAACUGUAGUAGAUAUCAAGAGCAAACCUCUGCGUGAGGCCCUGGCCCACGUCAUGGACGGUGUAAAGGGCGUUUCGUUAGUGCAGGAGACCCCUGUUGUUGACCCUAAUAUGCUGUUUUUGUACCUGGAAGAGUCUCGGGAGUACAUCAAGGAGUUGAAGGCUCUCGCGAAAUCGGAGAAGAAGAAGAGAGCCAAGCGGCUAGCUGCGACAAAAUGCGCUCACUUGAAGGUCUUGGUGAAAUAUCUUGACAACGACUACGCCGAAACGAAAAAAACACUGUAUCCCCUCCUCGAGUCGAACAUGAUUACCUUUGAUCUUCUAUGGGCCCUUUUCAAGCCGAACACCGUUGCCUACACUCCGACUUAUUCCAAUCCCGAUGAGCCUCGUGCUUUCAAAAUCGAAUACGCUUCCAAGGAAAGCUCUUUCAUGAAGGGACAGUGGUAUGAUAUUGAAGGCCGCUAUCUCGAGUACGAUGGAAAGUCAUUCGGCAUGGGCACCAUGUCUGUUGAGGUUGAGUCAUUCAAGGGGUCCCGCAAGAUUUCGACCCUUGCUUGCUAUCCAUUGAAAUACCAUCGAGACCCAGAAGGUUUGAAAGCGAAGCUCGUGGAACGUGGCAAAAAAUUCGUGACACUCCAGGGUGUGAAUUACCGUUUCCACAAGGGUAUGGCUUUCUACAAGAAGAGGAGAUCGAUAAUCAAGGUUAAUAUCAACGGGCGGGUCAUGGUUGAUCCAGCUAUUCACCGUCGAAUUAAUCCAAACUAUCCUAUCAGCACCGUGAAACCAAAAGACCCGGACUUGAUCGACGAAUCUGACUGUGAAAGCGGAUCGGAUGAUUGUUGCUGUUGUGCCGGGUCUAGAUCGGAAUCAGAUCACGAAUCUAAGGACGAUAGGCCCAAAUUGAGACUCAAAUUGGUCGAAGAUGCAUGCGGGAACCCAUGUAUCGUCGAGGUUGAGUGUGAUGAGGACGGCGAUGAAAUUGUCAAAGAAGACCUUGACAAGAUUGCCGGUAAGGACCAGGCAGGUGGGAAAUUUGAAUUUUCCGACGAGGAGCUCUUGAUCGCAAGCCCUGUCGUUCUCGGGUUUGCUUUCAGCGAGAAACUCUGGUUGGAAUUCACUGUUUCUGGCAUCAAAGACAUCGAGUGGAAUUCGGGCGCUUUCGACUCCCUGGUCCUCCCCGACAAUCAGAAAUCGAUUGUCAAAGCGCUCGUGGAAUCCCACACCUUCCACGCCGCUGAAAAUAUCGACGAUGUGAUUCAGGGUAAGGGCAAGGGCCUUGUAGCAGUUCUCCACGGCCCACCGGGUACAGGUAAAACUCUCACAGCAGAAGGCAUCGCAGAACUCCUUAUGCGCCCGCUCUACAUGGUUAGCGCCGGCGAACUGGGCACGGAUUCACGAACUCUGGAAGGGGAGCUGAACAAGAUUCUGGACAUCGCACAUUCAUGGGGUGCCGUACUACUCCUCGACGAGGCGGACGUAUUCCUUGAAAAGCGCACCAUCCACGACAUCCACCGCAACGCGCUCGUCAGCAUCUUCCUGCGCCUCCUCGAAUACUUCCAGGGGAUCUUAUUCCUGACCACUAAUCGUGUCGAGACCUUUGAUGAUGCGUUCCAGUCACGGAUUCACGUUGCGCUCCGAUAUGGCGACCUGACGCUCAAGGCCAAGCGGACUGUAUGGAAGAUGUUCCUCGAUAGAGUUAGGGUUAAGGAUGGGGUGACAGUUGUCCCGUUCACGGAGGCGGAUUAUGACUCUCUCGCUAGACAUAACUUGAAUGGUAGACAGAUCAAAAAUUCCGUCCGCACAGCUCAGGCGCUCGCCCUGAACGAAAAGACCCCUCUCUCCAUGGAACAUAUCUCCCGCGUCCUUGAUGUAGCAGAAACGUUCGACCAGGACCUUAAAGGCGGAACGGGCUACAUCGAUGCCAUGCGAAGCUAUACAUAAAAUACCAAUCAGCUUUCUUCUCGCGCAUUCCUUGUCAAUACCCGGCUUUUUCGCUCUAAUCUCUCCGUUUGCUUCUCCGAAUGAAAUCAUUGGUAAUAUUUUGUCUAUUUCCGUAUUUCCGUCUGCUACAUCAGGUUUGUAACAACUAAUUUUUGGCAUAUUUUCUUGCUUUCGUAUCUUCUUUUUGCCUGAAGUUUAAAUUUUUUUUAUUUCGAAACAUUUCAUGACUUCUUAAAAUUUUGUGGCGAAUGUGAAGAUGGAUAAAGUGUCCCUUUUUUUUU